AUGGCCGCCGCCGGGCCCGGGGCGCUGCGCGGGCAGAGACGCUCCACGGUCGCUGGCCGCGGCUCUCCCCGCGCGUCGCGUCAGGCCGCCCUGUCGUCCCCGUCGUCGAUGUCGCUGAGGAGCGGCCACCGCCUGCCCGGGCGGGCGGCGUCUGCCCCGGGCUCCUCCCCGCCGGGCAGCCCAGCCCUGAGUAGCUCGGGAGAGGACGCGUCGGCGACGUCUGACUCGGGCAGCGACUUCGAGGCGUCGCUGCUCGGCGAGGGCAAGAAGCGGCAGGCCCGGCGGGGCGGCGUCCCCCGCCCCAAGCGUCCCCCGGGUGGCAAGCGGCCGAGGAAAGGGGCGCGUGUGGCCGUGGCGGCGCCCCGCGGGGCAGGUAGCGGGAAGCGCCCGGAGCCCAGCAACCUCUUCCAGGCGCUGACCGUGGGCAGGAGCGCCCUGGAGUCUGUAGUUGAUGAUUGGCUUGAGAGCUAUAUGGAAGACAGGGAGUCUGGUUUCCUGGAGCUGUUUAACUUCCUUGUACACUCCUGUGGCUGCAAAGGUGUAGUGACCCUGGAGAUGCUCAGAGGCCUCCAGAACUCAGAGAUCAUUCAGCAGCUGACAGAAUCCUUUGAUGAGGACUCGGCAGACUAUCCACUGUCACUGAACACUCAGGCUUGGCGUCGGUUCCGGGUGGGAUUCUGUGAGCUGAUGGCAGUUCUUGUGCAUCGCACCCAGCAUGGCGUGAUCUAUGAUGAAUACUUGAUGGACAGUCUUGUUGCCCUGCUGACUGGCAUGUCCGACUCUCAAGUGCGUGCCUUCCGCCACACCAGCACUCUCUCAGCCAUGAAGCUGAUGACGGGCUUGGUGCGUGUGGCUCUGAGUGUCAGUUUGCAGAAAGACAACAGUCAGCGGCAGUAUGAAUCUGAGUGGGCCAAGGGACCGAGCCGCCGGGCCCCAGAGAAGCUGGAGGGGCUGCUGGAGCAACGCAAGGAGUUCCAGGAGAAGCAAGAAGAGCUUGAGAAUUUGAUGAACGCUAUCUUCAAGGGAGUCUUUGUUCAUCGUUAUCGGGACCUUCUACCUGAGAUACGUGCCAUUUGCAUUGAAGAGAUGGGCCAAUGGAUACAGCAUUACAGCGCCUCCUUCCUGACUGAUGGCUAUCUCAAAUACAUUGGGUGGACACUGCAUGAUAAGCAGGGAGAGGUCCGCCUCAAGUGCCUGCUCACGCUGCAAGGGCUGUAUCGAAGCCAGGAGAGGGCAGCCCGAAUGGAGCUCUUCACCAGCCGCUUUAAGGAGCGGAUGGUGUCCAUGGUGCUGGACAAGGAGCCCCAGGUGGCAGUGGAAGCCGUCCGGCUGCUUACCCUCAUCCUUCAGAACAUGGGCAAUGCUCUCUCAGACGACGACUGUGAGAGGGUCUUUCCACUUGUGUAUGCUUCUGGCCGCCCUUUAGCUGCUUCUGCAGGUGAAUUCUUAUACAAGAGGCUGCUCGUGCCUGCAGUGUGUGCUAGGGGAGAGGCUGAGGAGCACUGCGGGGACUCCCGAAUCUUCCUCCAGUUGCUUCUCGCCUUCUUCAUUGAAAGUGAGUUCCACGACCAUGCAGCCUAUCUGGUAGAUAGUCUGUGGGAUUGUGCGGCUGCCUUACUGAAGGACUGGCAGGCGCUGACUGGGCUGCUGCUGGAGGAGCCUCUUGCGGAGGAGGGCUUCGGUGACCGGCAGGAGAGCACCCUCAUUAUGAUUUUGGUGGCCAGCAUGCGCCAGGCCACAGAGGGACAUCCACCUGUUGGCAGGUUUUCUGGAAAGAAGGUGUUUUCUGCGCGAGAGCGCAAAGUCCAAGCUGAGGACCGCCUGAGACUCACUCAGCACCUCAUCCCACUGCUGCCCCAGCUGCUGGCUAAGUUCUCCGCCGAUGCCGAGAAAGUGGUGCCUCUGCUGGAGGCUCUGCGUUACUUUGACCUGACCCUUUACAGCAUGGGCCGCCUGGAGAAGUACUUAGAACUGCUGCUGACCCAGCUGUGGGAGGUGGUGGAGAAGCACACCAGCUGUGAGGUGCUGGAGUCAGCGUCCAGGGCGCUACAGCUGCUCUGCCGUCUGGAAUUUGCUUUUUACACCCGUGCUGAUUUUGCUCGGAGCCGCUUGGUGGACCACCUGGCAGACAAGUUCCAGCAUGAGGCUGCUGAGCUGCUGCAGUCCUCGUUUCUGGAGAAAGAGGAUGCGUACAGUGUGGCCGCCACUCUCAAGCGCAUCGCCAUCUUCCACAGUGCUCAUGACCUGACUGCGUGGCAAUUCUUUGAGCCCUGCAUCCACCUCUUGCACCACAUGGUGGACACAGGCGAGGUUCCCAAGCAGGUGGUUAUCUCUGCCAUGACCUGCUCCCACUUCUCACUGCUCUGGGAACUGGCCCGUCUGUCAGAUGCUGCCGCUGGUCCCUUUCCCAGCCAGGAGCCCUUGCUCAGCCUCAAGGAGAAAGUGACAUCCUUCUGCUCCCUCUGUCAGAGUUUCCUCAUGGACAUGGACCCCAGUGUCCAGGAGCAGGCCUUUGUGCUGCUGAGUGACCUGCUCCUGAUCUUUGGCCCGCAGCUGGCUCGAGGAGGCAGCCAUGGCCCUGUGCUGCAGGGGCUUGUGUACCGGGCAGAGUCUGCUCUGCAGUCGCAGCUGGCAGGCUUCCUGGUGGACCGUGUCUUCAACCACAGCCAGGCUCCAGGUAGUCUUUGGGCGGCGGACAGCGAGGACGAGGAGCUCCAGGUCGAGCAGCUGCACCAGCGCCGCAACUUGCUGGCUGGAUUCUGCAAACUCAUCGUCUACGGUGUGUUGGAGCUGAGUGCCGCCUCAGAUGUCUUCAAGUAUUACUCCAAGUUCUACAACGACUACGGAGACAUCAUCAAGGAGACACUGAAUCGGGCUCGCCAGAUUGACCGGACCGAAUGGGCUCACACGCUGCUCCUCAGCCUGCAGCAGCUGCUGACUCAGCUGCUCCUGGAGCAGGGACCAGGCGGCGUAGACUCUGCUGCUUUCCUGGAGAUCCGGGACUUGGCACGGCGUUUCUCUCUGCUCUUUGGGCUGCACCAGCUGCAGAACCGCCCAGCGCUCGUUGCCCUGCACAAGGAUGGAAUAAAGUUUGCCUUCCAGGAGCCAGCAACCCCCAACUCGAGAUUGGGUCUUGUCAACCUGCCGUUCUUCGAGCUGCUGAGUGAAUUCUCCCCAAGGUUGCUGCUCCCAGACAAAGCCCUGCUUCUAUCGUAUUUAAAGAAGAUUAGUCAAGCUUACCUUUCCUCCGGGCACAGAGAGGAGCCUCACUGGGCCUCAUUCAUCGCCUAUCAGCAUUCCCUGAGCCCCCAGAAAGAUGCGAAGCCCGGAGCUCUUGCCAAGAGGAGACGUCUGAAUGGUGGGAGGGGGUCCUCCGAGCAUGGUGAUGAUGCCAGCCUCUCCUCCAGCAGCCGCCUACAGACCCCCCUGCUGACUUCCACCGCCCUUCGGGGCAAGCGCCAACCAGAUGUACUUAUGCUAGGACACGAGGAUUCGGGCUCUGAAUCGGAGUUUGUGCAGAGCCAACCACGGCUGGCCUCCCAGCAGCCCCACGAGGCUUUUCGCACUCGCCGGCUGCAGGAGCAGAAGGACUUUGGACUGGGCAGGAAGCUGGAUCGGCUGAAUUUGAUGGAAGCUGAAGAGGCAGUGAUUGAGGAGCUGGAAACCAGCGAAGAGGAGAACGAAGAAGAGGCCGCUUUUGGCUCUGGGCAAGGAUCCCUGAGGUGGUAG